GUCCCGCCAGUCACUUCUAAUUUGCCAUAGUGUUGUGAUGCGCAUUGAAACCAAGAUGGCGUUGACGGAAUAGCGAGUAUUUAACGCAUAAUGUUUAAUAACUUCAAUGUGUUGUAUGCCAGUGCUAGAUUAACAAUAAAUUCGGACAGAAAUUCAGUUUGGGCCGAGAGUGGUGUUGCUAAAAAAAGCUAUCCUAGAUGGUUAGUUAGCAUGAUAUCAGUAGUAUCUAGCUAGUAUGCGACCAGUUUAGUACGGCAAUAACUAUUCUAGAGACAAGUUAACUUGCUAUAUUAGCUAUCCUAAAAGCAUGAUGGAGGCUCCGUGCGAGGAGGAACUGCGGCCGGUGCCACGUGAGCGGGCGAUUCUGGAGAGUUUCUUCACGCAGCUCGGAAUGUUCUCGUUUGACCGGGCGAAGGACUAUGUGGAGAAAGAGAAGGACAGCAGCAAGAGCGCAGGAGCCAUCUGGGCCGCUCUCCUCGCCGCCUUCGCACACCUUGCAGCAGCGGAGAAGGCCUAUCACAACAUGACGUUCCUGGGACAAAAACUGGGUAAGAAGCACCCAAUGUAAACACGCACUGACAGGAAAUGACCAUUUUGUUGCACUACAAAAAUCAUUGGUGUGGCAAAAUGUCACUCCUCAGUGCAAUUAAUGCAACCUAUCACAAGUGGGACUAGUAUCACCAUGAACAAUACCAAUAUGAUGUUAUUAUCCUGACGAAAAGUCACGUUCCAUAAUAGAAAGUUGAAGUGUAGGUUUCUAACAGCAGGUGGCGAUACAAUCCCACAUAUUUUUAUGACUUAUGUAUUCAGCAGCACAUCACGUUGAUAUUAUGGGGGUAGGAGGAAGAACGUACAACUGGAUAAAGGAUUUCCUGUUUGGAAGGUCUAUCCAGGUGAGGGAGGAUAACGGUACACCGCAGGGGAGCGUGAUUAGACCUCUGUUGUUCUCAAUGAUCAAUGAGGUUUACUCUCAGGUAUGGCCAGAUAUUGGGAGGUCGUUAUUUGCAGAUGAUGGGGCCUUAUGGAAGAGGGGAAGAAAUGUGCCAUACAUAGUCAGGAAGGUACAGGAAGCAAUUGAUGAGGUAGAGCAGUGGGGAUUCAGGUUCUCUUUAGAGAACUCAGACAGUGUUCUUUACCAGGAGGAAGUUGGGAGAUGAGGUAUGCUUUAGGUUAUAUGGAAGAAACUUGGAGAGGGUGGGGUCCUUCCAGUUCCUUGGGGUGUACUUGGGCAGAACACAUUGAGAGAGUGGUGGGAAAGUGUAAGAAGGUGCUAAAUGUGAUGCGAUGUCUGACUGGGAAGGAGUGGGAGACUGGGCGUUCCUCAUUGAGGACCAUGUAUGUUGCAUUGAUCCGAUCUGUAAUAGACUAUGUACACCCAGCACCAGGGAGGGGAGGACGACCAGCAGAGCGAGGGAGUUUCAGAGGGCCAGGCUGGGGAGAGGAUGGUCUACUACCUGGAUGGAGCUCCACACAACGUGGUUCUGGAGAAGGUGGAAGUGGACUAGUCAGUGACUGUGGCCAGAGUUUCAGUUGGAUUUCCUUGGUUCCUCGCGUCCUCUCUCCUCGCCUCCUUCUCAAAACCUGUUGGAUAAGAAGUUAUAGGGGAGGGACCUUUGACCUUUUCAUCCAUUGGGUUUUGAUGAGGCGGCGAGGAGAGAGAAUGCGAGAAAUCAAGGAAAUGCAAUUGAGACUCUGCCUGUGUGAAGGCGGCAGGUAGCUUAGUGGUUAAGAGCGUUGUGCCAGUAACCAAAAGGUCGCUGGUUCUAAUCCCCGAGCCGACUAGGUGAAAAAUCUGUCGAUGUGCCCUUGAGCAAGGCACUUAACCCUAACUGCUCCUGUAAGUCGCUCUGGAUAAGAGCGUCUGCUAUUUGUGGCCAUGUAACACAGAUGGUUCAAAAGAUCCAAGGACAGGACGCACUGGGUCAGCAUUUGUAGUGCAGAAAUGUGUGGUGGCAUUCAGGAAACGCAUUACAGAUCAUCUGGCUGUGGAGCAGAUGGCCAUACUGUUGGCCUUAAAGUGGCCUUAAAGUGGGUGGAGGAAGUCAAGCCAGCCAGAGUAGUUAUUUUCUCGGAUUCAUGUGCAGUGUUGAGUCUUCAGUCCUUUAGCUCACGUAGCAGACAAGACCUGCUUUAUGAGGUACUACAAACCCAUGGCAGGAUUAGACAGAUGGUUAUACAGAUAAGAUUUACUUGGGUCCCAGCCCAUGUGGGGGUGGAGGGGAACGAGGCAGUUGAUGUACUGGCUAAACAUGCACUUAGUAGUGGGGAUGUUGAUGUUGUAGUUUCAAUGAGCAAGGCAGAGGCAAAAAGCCUGAUAUGGACAGUGAUGGUGCAGAGAUGGCAGGAGCAGUGGAAUAGAGAUACAGUGCCUUGCAAAAUAAUUCAUCCCCCUUGGCGUUUUUCCUAUUUUGUUGCAUUACAACCUGUAAUUUAAAUAGAUUUUUAUUUGGAUUUCAUUUAAUGGACAUACACAAAAUAAAUAAGCAAACACGUUUGGUGUUCGCCAAAAGGCAUGUGGGAAACUCCCCAAACAAAUGGAAGAGUUGAGACUAAGAGUUGAGUCAGAUGAGACUAAAAUUGAGCUUUUUGGCCAUCAAGGAAAACGCUAUGUCUGGCGCAAACCCAACACCUCUCAUCACCCAGAGAACACCAUCCCCACAGUGAAGCAUGGUGGUGGCAGCAUCAUGCUGUGGGGAUGUUUUUCAUCGGCAGGGACUGGGAAACUGGUCAGAAUUGAAGGAAUGAUGGAUGGCGCUAAAUACAGGGAAAUUAUUGAGGGAAACCUGUUUCAGUCUUCCAGAGAUUUGAGACUGGGACGGAGGUUCACCUUCCAGCAGGACAAUGACCCUAAGCAUACUGCUAAAGCAACACUCGAGUGGUUUAAGGGGAAACAUUUUAAAUGUAUUGGAAUGGCCUAGUCAAAGCCCAGACCUCAAUCCAAUUGAGAAUCUGUGGUAUGACUUAAAGAUUGCUGUACACCAGCGGAACCCAUCCAACUUGAAGGAGCUGGAGCAGUUUUGCCUUGAAGAAUGGGCAAAAAUCCCAAUGGCUAGAUGUGCCAAGCUUAUAGAGACAUAACCCAAGAGACUUGCAGCUGUAAUUGCUGCAAAAGGUGGCUCUACAAAGUAUUGACUUUGGGGGGGUGAAUAGUUACGCACGCUCAAGUUGUCUUAUUUCUUGUUUGUUUCACAAUAAAAAAUAUUUUGCAUCUUCAAAGUGGUAGGCAUGUUGUGUAAAUCAAAUGAUACAAACCCCCAAAAAAUCAAUUUUAAUUUCAGGUUGUAAGGCAACAAAAUAGGAAAAAUGCCAAGGGGGAUGAAUACUUUCGCAAGCCACUGUACUAAGGGCAGGCAUUUAUUUCAAGUACAGAGGAAAGUUGGGGAGGACGGCAGGAAGGGACAGAAGAGAGGAGGUUAUUUUUUCAAGAUUAAGGGUGGGACACAGCCGGUUGAAUAAGACUUUAAAUGUGUGAUUAUUGCCAGGAAACAGAGACCGUUGAGCAUGUAUUGCUACAGUGUGGGCAGAAUCAGAGGGAAAGAGAGAGGAUGAGAUCUAGUAUGAGGGAGAAGGGGAUACAGGAAAUUAGUUUUAAAGAGUAUAUAUAGUCUCACAUUUUAUCUUUUUUAAGAGCAACGCGGCUGGCAGUUAGAAUUUAGGAUUUAGUUUCUCCUUGUCUCUGGCCCACACUCCAGUACAGUAGGUGGCGGUAAUGCACCAUAACGUUGGAUGCCAACCGCCGAUAAACCCCACCGAAGAAGACAGCACAUCACGUCUACCCCACUCUCUGAGGGGUCGGCUGAAAGUGGAUGUUUCCGGUUUUUCAAGGAUACAGUAUUUUCAACCUAACUUCCAUUUCCCCUGAAAAAUGGUUUGUUGGGACUCCGCUCUGGUGUCUUUUUACAUCAGCUACGUUAGGUUAUAGCUCCCCAAACAACAAUUUCCAACAUGGACUGUUUUCUCUACGUUACUCCAAUAUGUUGCUACUGCAGUGUGGUGUGUGUGGUAUUCAGCAUCAUAACCCACUCUUGCAGGCGGCCAGUCGUUCUUCAGCCGCAAGGACUCCAUCCGCACCAUCUACACCUCCCUGUUCAACGCGCUGAGGAAGGUGGUGACCAUGGGGCGCCACGCCCAGCCAGGUUCCGCACCCUACCUGGAGGACCUGCUGUCUCACCUGUCGGAGCAGCUGUGCCACUUUACCCAGGCCCGUAUGGAGAUGGCUGACCUGUACGAGAAGAUGCACGCGCUGGGCAGCCAGAAGAACAUCAACUCAGAGGAGCUGGUCACCACCCUCGACGCAGUGCUGCAGAAAUACAGCUCCAGGUGUGUGUGGGACGUGUCAUGUUUAAAAGCUCAGCUGUGCUGUCUGUGCAGACUGUAAUAGUGUGUGAGUGGCAGAGAAAUUGGAGAAAAAAAGAGAGAGCAAGAGAAUGGGGAAGGGUGGGCGAGCGAGCACGACGGGGGAGGGGGGGGGGGGCUUUCUGCUGAAAUCAGCAGAUAUAAAAUUUAGCUCAGCCGGAACCAAAGCAAGCCCAACCCCACUGUGCGGCUGAGUCGCAGUUCACACUGCAGCGAGUCACAAUCUGGCACACACGGGUGGUUGUGCAGUUAGGGGUGAAGGUGACUCUCUCGCACAGCAGUCGACACAGCCAGGGAAAGUAAUCGGCACUGAGAAUAACAAUACACAGGAUAUUAACUGCUAAUCAGGGCCAGAACCUCCACACCCAGUCGCCCACACGUGCAUAGUGCACACACCCUUAGCAGCACAGAAGACCAGAGACAUCCAAUACUGUUCCACGGCCACAAUCCAUCUCUUACAGUAUAUUAAUCAGCAUUAGUACUAAUGAGGAGGCUAUUUAUCAUUAGGAUAAUUGGUCUUAAUGAAUAGUGAACACGGUUGAUUCGUAGUGGAGUGUGAUCAGUUUUAAGGCUGCCAUCUGACACCACCAACAUUUCUACCUUAUGUUAGCAAUAGCUUGCUUUCCAAUGACCCCCUCCAUCUCCUCCCUCCCCAGGUUCCACCACCCCAUCCUGGGCCGCUUGGAGGGGAGCUUCCAGACAGAGGUGGAUGUGGUGACACAGCUGCUGCGCUGCCAGGCCCAGGUGUCAGAGUGGCACUUCCUGCCCGCCCUGCUCAGCCUGCAUGGGGCUAGCUCUAAGCUCACCGCCUGGGGACAGCUCUUCCAACGCCAGAGGGAGACCCGCAAGCACCUGUUCGGAGGCCAGUCCCAGAAGGCAGUGCAGCCGCCCCACCUGUACUUGUGGCUGCAGCGCCUCCAGGGGGCGCUCCUGGCUAAAUUCAGCUUCUACUUCCAUGAGGCGCUGAGCCGUCAGACUGCGUCCGCAGACAUGAAGGCCCUGACGGCACGCACGGCACCCGAUUACCACGGCAAGAUCUGUUCGUUUAUCCGCAAACACGAUGCCAAACAACGUGUCCCUGGUGUUCGACAACCGUGGCUCGGACAGCUUCCAGGGCCACGGCUACCACCACCCGCACUCGUACCGCGAGGUGCCCAAGGGGGUGGAGCAGUUUCCUGCUGUGGUGUCCCUUCCCGGGGGCGAACGGCCGCUCACGCACUGGCCCAACGUCAUCAUGAUGAUGGGCGACCGCGAGGCGGAGCUCAACACGCUGGACAAGGUGGUGCACUUCUACGACGACAAAGUCCAGAGCACUUACUACCUGACCCGACCGGAAUCACACUUCACCCUGGUGGUCAUCUUCGACGGCAGGAAGUCCGAGAAGGACUCGCACAUCACCGCCUUCCUGCAGGAGAUCUCUGGCUCGCUGAGGAACUCUAAACCAUUCAGCACCCUCAAACCUGGCUCCAAGUGCUGA